AUGAAAGGUUGUUAUCGAAAAGAUAUAGAAAAGUAUCGAAAAGAUAUCGAAAAGUAUCGAAAAGAUAUCGAAAAGUAUCAUAAAGAUAUCGAAAAGUAUCGAAAAGAUAUCGAAAAAUAUCGAAAAUAUCGAAAAGAUAUCGAAAAGUGCCGAAAAGAUAUCCAAAAGUACCGAAAAGAUAUCCAAAAGUACCGAAAAGAUAUCGAAAAGUACCGAAAAGAUAUCGAAAAGUACCGAAAAGAUAUCGAAAAGUAUCGAAAAGAUAUCGAAAGGUAUCGAAAAGAUAUCGAAAAGUAUCUAUAUAUAAUGAAAAUAUCGAUAUAUAAUGAAAAGUAUCGAAAAGAUAUCGAUAAGUAUCGAAAAGAUAUCGAUAAGUAUCGAAAAGAUAUCGAUAAGUAUCGAAAAGAUAUAGAUAAGUAUCGAAAAGAUAUCGAUAAGUAUCGAAAAGAUAUCGAAAAGUAUCGAAAAGACAUCGAAAAGUAUCGAAAAGAUAUCGAAAAGAUAUCGAAAAGUAUCGAAAAGAUAUCGAAAAAUAUCGAAAAGUACCGGAAAGAUAUCGAAAAGUACCGAAAAGAUAUCGAAAAGUACCGAAAAGAUAUCGAAAAGUACCGAAAAGAUAUCGAAAAGUACCGAAAAGAUAUCGAAAAGUACCGAAAAGAUUUCGAAAAGUACCGAAAAGAUAUCGAAAAGUACCGAAAAGAUAUCGAAAAGUACCGAAAAGAUAUCGAAAAGUACCGAAUAGAUAUCGAAAAGUACCGAAAAGAUAUCGAAAAGUACCGAAAAGAUAUCGAAAAGUACCGAAAAGAUAUCGAAAAGUACCGAAAAGAUAUCGAAAAGUACCGAAAAGAUAUCGAAAAGUACCGAAAAGAUAUCGAAAAGUAUCGUAAAGAUAUCGAAAAGUAUUGUAAAGAUAUCGAAAAGUAUCAUAUCGAAAAGUACCGGAAAGAUAUCGAAAAGUACCGAAAAGAUAUCGAAAAGUACCGAAAAGAUAUCGAAAAGUACCGAAAAGAUUUCGAAAAGUACCGAAAAGAUAUCGAAAAGUACCGAAAAGAUAUCGAAAAGUACCGAAAAGAUAUCGACAAGUACCGAAAAGAUAUCGACAAGUACCGAAAAGAUAUCGACAAGUACCGAAAAGAUAUCGACAAGUACCGAAAAGAUAUCGAAAAGUAUCGAAAAGAUAUCGAAAAGUAUCGAAAAGACAUCGAAAAGUAUCGUAAAGAUAUCGAAAAGUAUCGAAAAGAUAUCGAAAAGUAUCGAUAUAUCGAAAAGUAUCGAAAAGAUAUCGAAAAGUAUCGAAAAGAUAUCGAAAAGUAUCGAAAAGAUCGAAAAAAUCGAUAUAUCGUAAAGUAUCGAUAUAUCGAAAAGUACCGAUAUAUCGAAAAGUACCGAAAAGAUAUCGAAAAGUAUCGAAAAGAUAUCGAAAAGUACCGAAAAGAUAUCGAAAAGUACCGAAAAGAUAUCCAAAAGUACCGAAAAGAUAUCGAAAAGUACCGAAAAGAUAUCGAAAAGUACCGAAAAGAUAUCGAAAAGUACCGAAAAGUUUUCGAAAAGUAUCAAAAAGAUAUCGAUAAGUAUCGAAAAGAUGUCGAUAAGUAUUUAUAUAUAAUGAAAAUAUCGAUAUAUAAUGAAAAGUAUCGAAAAAAUAUCGAUAAGUAUCGAAAAGAUAUCGAUAAGUAUCGAAAAGAUAUCGAUAAGUAUCGAAAUUUUAUAGAUAAGUAUCGAAAAGAUAUCGAAAAGUAUCGAAAAGAUAUCGAAAAGUAUCGAAAAGACAUCGAAAAGUAUCGAGAAUAUAUCGAAAAGAUAUCGAAAAGUAUCGAAAAGAUAUCGAAAAGUAUCGAAAAGAUAUCGAAAAGUACCGAAAAAAUAUCGAAAAGUAUCGAUAUAUCGAAAAAUAUCGAAAAGUACCGAAAAGAUAUGGAAAAGUACCGAAAAGAUAUCGAAAAGUACCGAGAAGAUAUCGAAAAGUACCGAAAAGGUAUCGAAAAGUAUCGAAAAGAUAUCGAAAAGUAUCGAAAAGAUAUCGAAUAG